AUGGCGGACCUCAGCAGCCCCAACCGCAUUCCUUUUAUCAUUCGGCCGGCGAUGGUGUCACGGUCUGGGCAACUCGGAGACCUGGUGGCAGGCUCGACGCCUGAUGACAAGCAGGCCUCAGGGUAUCGUGGUCCGCCGAUUGGAUAUUCGUGCAAGAAGGUGGUGCAUGAGGACGACCACGAAGAAAUCUUCGGUCGCGAGGGUGGUGCGCGCGGAAUCUACAAAGUUAACUGCCUUGCCGGAGGUUGUGCUCGUUGUGCUGGCUACAUGGGCAGCAUGGUAUCCAUAACGCAGCUAUCUACACCUCACCCACCACUGCUUGUCCCUCAAGUUGAUCCACCCGAACCAGCUCCGCCGCCUAAGCCCGCUAUAGUGCCACUCCGAAUACGCGCACGCGACCUCAAUGCAUCUGCGCAGCCAUUCAUCCACCCAGCGAUACCAUCCAAACCCACCAAAGCCGAACUCAAAGCCCAGUUAGUCGAACGUCAGGCCAACAUAGAGAAGGAACUCGAGGCUCUGCGCGCAAAGGCUGCUCCCCGUGCUUCGCGGUCCUCCAUCACUUCUCGCUACAACCACGGCACCGGUGAAGCGUUCGGCCCUCGGACCCUCAACAACAAGAAACCUCCACAGACCACAACAGUGCAACAGCCUCUCGUACAUCGACGCCGGCUUGCUUUGCGGUAUGGAGAACAAAUCACCAAAAACUUUGCGGGAGCUCCUCCUCCUACUCCCGCUAGUACUCCUCCUACUGCUACUACUCCUCUCCUCAUCACCAGCACCGCUUUCCAAUCUGAGCCGUUGGAUUACAAUACAGAUCACCACCGCCAUGGAUCAUCAUCUUCUGCCAACACGAGGACUACUGCUGAUCUACAAUUCCGACCACCACCACGACGAGUUGGCCAAUAA